AUGCGUACUCAGGAAAUUUGGGCUGACACGAUAGACAAGGCUGCUGAAGAAAUACUCCAAGCGCUGAAGGUAGAGACUUAUCCUACCAGAACCGUCAGUAGCAGAGACAAUGUCUUCUACUUCGACGGCUGGGACGGGCUGGGGGCGUCCGCCGUCCUCCGAGCCAUCGCCCAACGCCUCUCCACAACUUCAGCAGAUGGGAAGAGAGCUCUGGCCGAACAGGAGUUUGAUCAGGUCAUCCACAUCGACUGCUCGAUGUGGCAGAGCAGGAGAGCGCUUCAGCGGGCGGUCGCGGAGCAGCUGAAGCUCCCCGAUAAAGUGAUGGAGUUGUUCGACAGGGAGGACGAGGAGGACGAUUUCCGUGGGGUGGCCCAGGGCUCCCGCGCUGAGCUACAACAAGUCCUCAAGGAGAUGCAACAACACAUACAGAAGCUGAACCACAGAUUCUUGGUGAUUUUCCACAAUGGGAGCAAUGAGGAGAUCGAUCUAGCAAGUUUGUGUGGAUUCCCUUUGUCCGGGUUUUCAACCAACAAGGUCCUGUGGACAUUCCAAGGGAGAUUCCGGCUCAUACCCUGGAGGGAAGUCGACAAGACCAUGAAGAGUGAAAGAACGACGACUGAUGCUUUUAUCUCUGCGGCCUCAACUUAUUAUCCUCAGGAGAAACUUCCACCAGAGCUCUGGUCCUACCUUGUACAGAAAGAGGCUUCAGAAGUAGUAGAAGUGUGCAUGAUUAACACUGGCCUUGGCGGGGGCUAUGUUGAUCGGCCUACACAAGUGGCAGAGUGCUUCAUGUACAUGCUGGGGCUUUGUUGUAGAGGCCACCAUUCAGUCGACUACGACUGGGCCACCCAUGGCGCCAACUACUGGAUAUGUGAUGGCAUCAUACAACAGCAAGGACAGGGAGACAGAGAAGCUGGCGCUGAUGGUGACGAUGAUGGAUCGUGGAGAGCUGCUGAUGCACUGCAGUUGGAGAUGGCACUGGAUGUGGACUACCAUCAAUACUUACCCUCCUCUCACUUGGCAAGGUUCGUCGAGAGCAAGCCAAGUUGGAUUUCACCAAAUUAUGGGUUCAAUCAGAUCCCGGACAGAACUCUUCCCAACGGAGAUAUUUUCCAACACUAUGCCGGCAAGCUUUGUGUUCUCAAGCUCUCACGCUGCACCUUCAACUUCCAAUCACCUCCAUUCCUCUGCUGCUACGCCCUCAGGUUUCUAUGGCUUGACCAUUGUAAAGGCACCAACAAGACCAGCACAGAUGGAGCAGGGAAGGAGGAAGACAUUCGCCGGUGCUUUCAGAGGCUGUGGGUGCUCGACGUGCGCUACACAGACUGUGAUCAGAUAUUGUCUGCGCAGAUGUUGGCUCUCAUGACCCAGCUCAGGGAGCUAAAUGUGAUCGGAGCCGAAGGAUGGGACAUGGGCCAGCUACAGGGACAAUUGCCUAACAUCUGCAAGCUCCGAGUGAAAAAAUCUGAUGUCACAUGCAGUUGCCCAGAAAAUGAUCUGUUCUCGGAGAUGAACAAGAUGGAGCAUCUUGACUUUUCAGGAAACUCAUCCAGUCGCAUGAUGAGCUUAUUUGGGCCAGGGGUAAGCAGCAGCAACGUUUGGUGCCUCGAGACUGUCAUCAUUGUUGAUGGAAUCUCCUUAUAUGGGCCAGGAGUUAAAAAGAUCUCCUUCCGUGGAUGUACUAAACUGAAGAAUCUACUGUUGGGAGGACGGAUGUGGGCUCUCCACACCCUAGACAUCUCAGGCACGGCAGUGAAAACACUAGACCUCAGUACAACAGAAAUCCCGGGCCUUGAUGAGCUCUAUCUACUUCACUGUGAGAAGCUUUGUGCAAUCCUGUGGCCACCGAAGAAAGAGCAAAUGAAACAAGAAGGCUUGGGUAAGCUGUGCAUUGACACCUCGCUGUCAGCACCCACCGCCCAAUCUAGAGUAGAGAAGGCCAAGCGGGGUACUAGUACUGCUACUACUGGAACUUCAGUAGCACCUGCAGCUGCACCACAUGGCAGUCGGCCGAGCAGUGAAUUUGACUGGCACAUUUCUGUACGGGAUGCAAGGCUCCUUGCGUCCCUGGAGCCAGUCUAUUCUGAUUCCCGCAAGGCAUAUGUGGAGAUUUCCUCUCCUCCUCAUCCUACCGCUGUUGGUGGUGGUGGCAAAGAUGAAGGAAUAUUCAAGAGCGCAGGCAGUCGUGAGCAGCAAUUGCUGGCAAACCUGCAGCGGCAGCCUGCGCCUACAGUAUACACAGAGAUCUCCGUGGACCGCGUACAACAAGCUAGUGAAGGCGGUGCUGAUACUCUGGGAAUCAUGUGGAUGUGGCCUUGCCCGGAUGUUCCUGAUCUUCCUGAAAAGAGGUGCUACAUACACAUACAAGACCAAAUGAGGACAAAAUCACCUCCAGGUGGUGAAGAGACUAGUACUAUUGCUGUCCCAAGGUUUGUAACUAACUGUGCUAAGAUCCUGCACGUGCACGAUAGCCCGUCCAUCACUGGUAUCACUUCAGAUGAAUAUGGUUCAGAAUGGCCUGACCUAGAGUGGUGCAGAACCGAGAGGUGCCCCAAUUUAGACUUUGUCUUUGAUAAUGUUCGAAACUAUAGGUUUAGUUGCCAGCUAAGAAUAUUCUGGGCAUCCCAACUCCUAAAGUCACGCUAUAUCUCAACAUCAAAUGGACGCCGUAAAUUUCCGCACCUGACUUUGCUGCACCUGGACUUCUGCCCUAGGCUUACACACGUACUCCCUUUGACCAUGGGGUGGUCUGACAGGGACAGCUUGCGCCUCCUGGAGACCCUUGAGAUUGCAUGGUGCGGUGAUCUCAGGGAGAUAUUUCCUUUCAAAAGACACAAGUCAAAUUUCAAAGACUUCCCCAAGCUGAAGCGUAUCCACCUGCACGAGCUCCCUUCGCUACAGCACAUUUGUGGGUUCAGAAUGUCUGCACCUAAUCUUGAGACCGUCAAGAUCAGGGGCUGUUGGAGCCUGACACGCCUUCCUGACAUUGGCAGGAGCAACAAGGUAGUGGAGUGCGACUGCGAGAAGGAAUGGUGGGACAGGUUGGAGUGGGAUGACUACUCACAGGCAGACCACUACAGACCCAUCCACCCACGGUAUUACAAGAAGACCCUGCUCAGGGGCAGUGUGCUCAGGUAG